CUCCGAAAACAAACUCUCAUUUUCUUCUUCCUUUUACCAACGACCUUUUUUAAUAGGAUCUUUUAUAUCUUCAACUUCGCCAUCAAGAAAAUGAUCCGAUUCAUGUUUUCUUAAUAUUAAGUAAUAGGAUCAACAAAGAAUACCAAUCCAUACGGGGUUUUCGGUUCUUAGCCUUCCAAGAAUAUUUCGUCCUAUGCAUCCGCCAUAGUGCGAUAUCUCGAGUCCUUUCGAUCGAUUCCCAGCAUUGCCGAGAUGCUCUCGCGUUUCUUGUCACGUUAGUGUGAAGAUAAGCUUCUAAUAUCCUACCGUAUCGAAACCGAUACCUACUACAUACCCAGAAUUAUCUGCUUGGGCGCGAUGGAAAGAAAGAGAAAGCUGCCCGCAAGAGCGGCUGCACGGGUUGAUCAUGUCGCUAAGAAACGAACCGCGACACCUCCCGAGCGAUCAGUUACUCCAGCACCCGCACCAGCGUCGGCAUCGACUCCUACACCAGUUGAACCCGUACCCGAAGAACCACCCUUACCCAAAUCUAUCCAGGCUGGCAAUCCUCUACCAACUGUAGAGCAUUCGCAGCCUGACGAUCUUUCAACAAAGGAUUAUCAGUCCAUUCAAGAGAGUGGCGUCCUUGCCGAUUCGCUUUCUAGGUCGCGUCAGAAAUGGAUCCACGAAGGUAUUUUUGAGAAAUACUGGACGAAACCUACGAAACGAAAAGGUGUUAUUAAGGAAGACCCCAACAACCCUCCCAAAGAUAGCAUGACAAAGAUCGGCCAAGUUACAAUUACCGUAGAGCCUCAUGUUCUCGAAGCUACUAUGUACGCUGUUAAAGAUCCGAAACCUCUCCCCACAACAAAUUCCGCUUUUCGACCCAUUAUGCAGUAUGGUCCUCCGAAUGGUGUAAUGCCUCCACCCCCAAAGCCUAACACGCCGUCGGCUCCGGUCUCGACAGCGCCUUCGGCCUCACCAUCGCAUAACCCGUCUCAGCCACAAUCUCAACCUCAACCUCAACCCCAACCACCUUCAGCGGCGCCGGUUCAUCCUCAACCUCCACUAUCACAGCCGAAGCCGCAGGUGCAGGUACAAGCACAAAUACAGACACCACAAUCCGAUGUGCAGCGAUCCUCGUCUGCCGCUGUACCUAAUAAACCGGUUGCCGCCUCCCCUGGAGGCCUUGACUCCGUCCUAGCUCACCCUCAACGUCCUCCGACUCUACCUCCCACAGCAACUCCCCCACAGCCGCCACUCCCUCAAUCGGGGACGCCGUCCCAACCGGGCUUAAUUACCAAUCGACCUUUACAUGCACCAACCGCAACAGGGGCCGCGCCACCUGUUCCCGCGGCACCAAAACCGGCCACACCAGCUGCGAAACCGAUGACACCUACGGCACCUGGUGCCGAUCCCAUCAUAGUUACGUUAGCGGAGAGGGCAUCCGAAGACCCUAAGCUUCGAGAUCUCAUGAAACGCGUAGCUAUAGGAGAUGCCGCUCCAGUUGAAUUGUCUCAUUUUCAGAAGAUUAUUGAUCAGAUUACCGCCGACUACAAGAGGAAAGGAGGUCAACAUGGUCCUUCAGCAGAUCGCCUUCUUGUAGACGGGAGAACUGUGAAAUUUUUCGCCGACGAAGUCCGAACCAUACUAGACAUCGUGUAUUUUUCAAACCCAAAGCAGAAAUCUAAUGAUUUAAAGCUGCCUCCGGGGGGAAGCGACCCACUAGUGAUUCUCCUUUUGAAAAAGGCAUUGGAUGAUCGGAAUACGCAGGAAAUCAUACGAAGGGUAUCUCACGGGAAAUUUACCAAAUUUUCGGAUACCACAGAUCUAAAGUCCAUUCUUGACAAAUUAAAAGAUCUUAUGGUAAAGGAGACAUCAAAACCCCUACCAGCGACACCAGCUCCUCAAACUACCCCUGCAAACGGGCCAGAAAGUCCGGCCGUGUUGAAUGGUGCCAAUUCGAGGAAAGGAUCAUUAGCUGCACCAGGACAACCAGCUCACGCAUCUAGUUCGCAACAAGCCCUACGAUCGAAAGGACCGCCGCCCUCUACCAAACCCGACAUCUCAGCUAUCGUACUUGAGUUUUCCGGUGGUACUGGAGACCGAUAUUUAUUCCCCAAGUACAGCAUCCUCGAAUAUAUUAACCCAACACAAGUUAUCGCGUCUUUUCUUAUAGUCCGCAAAGGAAGCAGGUUGGAAUACGGAGGUGAUCCGAUAUUAGAUUACUACCAACCUGUAACGAUUCGAAUAUUUGCGCAAUCAGCUAAACACCUUGAAAAUCUAGCUAGGGUCGUUGCGCCCCAAGAUGACGUACGACGUUACAUGGAUGAUAUCAUGGAUAAUAUGACACGAGCCGAGUAUAUACUCCUCGCCAUGCGUCUACCGAAGGCCGAUAAGGACGACCAAGGUGAAGAAGGCACCAGCACUCCAAAGGUGGAAGCAAUGAACCAACUUCAACCAUCUGGGGUGCUAUGGACGGGGGGUAGUAAGGCAUCCUCUACCGCAACUCCACCGCAGAAAGCGAUUACAAGGCCAUUGGGCGACGAUGAACAAUAUCAAAACUUCAUAGCUUCUGUAAGUUAGCGACACAGGGCAAGAUGAUAUUAUUGGGGUGCAAUCCCAAGACUAAGGAAGCAGGAUGCACAUCGAACUUGUACGAAAUUAACGGAAUUGGGGCAUGGGCGAUAUUCUGAGGGGUUUCAUGGGUUUAUUAUGAGAUACCUGGUUCGAGGGAAUAGGCGUAUCGUAUUUGAGAUAAAAGUUAUUGCAUACCUAGGUAUUCAAAUAUUAACACAGCAAAUUCAUAAUAUGAA